UUCUUCACAAGUCGAGCAUAGACUAUUCUCUCUCGGUAAGAGUAAUGGCUGAGGUACUUCUCUCACCGUUCCUAGAUGUGGUCAUGGAGAAGGCAGCCGACCGUCUUCUCCUAAAGUUUGGAGUGAUGUGGGGCAUCCAAAAGAAGCGAGAAAAGCUGGAAAGAAUGCUGUUGGCAAUCCAGUCCAUACUUGGAGAUGCAGAGGAGCGGCAAGUCAGGGAUCCAGCUGUGAAGAAGUGGUUGGCAGCACUGAAGGAUGCAGCCUACGAAGCAGACGACAUACUGGAUGAGUUCAAUUUGGAAGUAAUGCGGCGGAAGAUGGAGAUUCAGGUCGAUAUGAAGAAAAAGAUGCCUCGUUGUACCCUGGGGUGCCUUUAUCUAGUCAUUCGCUCUGCAAGAGUUACAGGAUGCUCAUGAUUGGCUAUGGUAUGGAUUUGCGAAUGAGCAGAUGCAUAGAUAGAAUAUCAUUGAUAUCUGAUCAGAAGAUUGAAGGAGUUUAAUUUGUAUUUAUACAAGAUUCACUAAUUAUUAUUAGAAUUAGACAUUAUGGAUGUUGAGGUUGUAAUAAAUUAUUUUUGACCUUGCAUAUUCUUUAGGACUUGCUCUAAGGAGUAUGCGGCCAUCACGUAUCUGAUCCGGGUGUUGGGUUUCGGAUAUGACAGUUGAAGAUAUACUAUAUGACAUGUAACUUAAAUUAUUUUGAAAUUUGUAAGGGAUUCACUCGUAAAUUUUAAAUGAAUUUAUCAAGAG